GUCAAAUCCUAACACCUAACAUACUCUUACUUUCCUCUUUAGACACACACAUCUACUCUCUCUCUCUCUAUAUCUAUACUAUGUAUCUAUCUCUAUCUACCCCCUCUAUUACCUUACCUAGUCUUGGUUGUUUUUUCUGUUAAAUUUGUGUCUACUUAAUCAAGAAUGACCGCACCAAACAUAGCAGCCAUCACCGCAUCACUUGAAAGAUCUCUUCAAAGCUUCUCUCUUAACCACCAUACAACCACCACCACCGACUCUCAUUGCCACCGCUCCUCCGCCGCCACCUUGGAUCUCAAUUCAAAUAUGACUUUGCCUUAUCAUUGGGAGCAAUGUCUCGAUUUAAAGACUGGUGAGAUGUACUACAUAAACUGGAGAACAGGUAUGAAAUCAAAAGAGGAUCCUCGGACGCUUGACGGCUACUAUUACAGCGUCUACGACGACGACGAAGACGAUGAGAGCUCGUAUGGCGACAGCAGCGAAAGCUCGUCGGUUGAGUUGUCUCCAGCGGCUUCAUCAUCAGAAAAAGAGAAGCAAAAUGAUGAAGAAGAUGAAGGUGAAAGUAGGGUAGGAGGGCAUGUGUUAGUGGUGGCCGGAUGUAAGGGAUGUUUCAUGUACUUCAUGGUGCCAAAACAAGUGGAGGAUUGCCCCAAAUGUUGUGGUCAACUCCUUCACUUUGACCGAUCUGAUGAUAAUUAAAUUAUUAAUUAAUCUUUGUUUGUGUUUUGGUUU